GUUAUAGAAAAUGGAAGUUAAAGCUUGCAGUUCUUACCGAAGAAGGCGACAAAAACAAUUCAUUUUGAAAUGUUUACAAAAACCGGAAAUACGUCUCUUUGUUUUAUUCCGUCGAGACCGUGUAUUUCCGGUUAAUAGUUGCAUUGCGCGCGCACUAAUUGAACGUGAUCAGCUUUUGACAACAUUGUUGGACAAUUCUUCCGAGCCAUCUCGUGCCUGUGACGGCGGAAUGAUCGGGCCGAUCCGCGAAAACUUUACUGAUGCAGUGGGCUUGACAUGCCGUCAAACGACGUGAUACUUUUGGGGUACCGACCACGCAGCGACAUACAAGCAUCGGCGAAUAUACGACGGGCAGUUAGUGAAGAUUGUCUUCUCGAAUCCCGAGGAGACGGUGGAAGACCUGGUUUUUCAAUGCUUAAAUUAAGUAAGACAAGGAUUUCUGUUGGAGACAGUGUCACUGUGUAUUGGGAUAUCAGAGAGCAGUGUGGAGCUAAUGACUGGAUCGGUCUCUUUGAUUUAGAUGGCCCCACAUCACUGUCAAACUAUUUGGACUCUAAGCAAAGAGGAGUAACUGGAGCCAAGAGAGGAGCUAUAAAAUGGGCCAUAAACAGAGAUGUAACACUUGGAGAAGUGGAAAACAAGUGCAUUUUCAAGUACAUACAAGGCAGCACUAGCUCAGUGAAGGCCAUCAGUCCUACAAUUUAUAUUUUCAACCCUUAUGCUGCACUUGCUUCACCUCAUGGCAGGCCACGCCUUGGGUCUUUAGUACCAGAAGAGACCCUCUUGGAAUUUUCUAUUGCAGGUUUACAGGCAAAUGGCCUGAAGAAAAACAUCUUUGGUAGGCCCAGCCCAUAUGUCAAGCUGUCAAUCAUGCCAUCAAGAAGACAUCUCAGGUCAUGGAAACAACAUCACGGACAGAUUGCCAAGACAUCAUCAGAAACAAACACCAUUAGUCCAAGAUGGACUAACGAGGAGUUUGUAUUCUUGGGUGGUGCAGACGACCUGUUAGAAGUCGAAGUACGGAAUAAGUUUUCUGGGACGCGGCCUGCCUUUAGCCGCUUCUUGGGGAAACUAACUGUUCCUCUGGUGGAUCUUUUUGAAUGCCAAAGAAAUAGGCCAGAAGAGGUCACUAAAUCACUUGGUAGAAGGACACCUGCAGACAGAGUACAGGGCACAAUUACACUCACCAUCACUAUUAUUGAACCAUCUAAUAAUUCAGAUGCUGUUUCUGCCGAACAGGAAAAUGUUCCACCAAACGCAGCCUCUAACGGUGAAUCCAAUGGAAGCCUUCAGCAAAAUAACUUAAGAUGCACGUUAUCAAACCCAUCUCUCACGUCGUCCGCACCUAACAUUCUACAGCCUCUUACUUUGAACUCCAGCAAUGGUCUGCUGGAGACUAUCUUCCCCGUGGACCAAGCAGCAUCUCCUGUUUCUCCUCGGGGUGCUGUUGAACAGGAGAAUAACUUUGGUGAUGCUGCUCGAAGGAGAUUGGCACUACAGUCGAGACCAUUCUCCGAGAUGUACGCUGAGGAGUUUGUUCCCUUAGAUGAUAGUGACGUCACAAGAAGCCCUCAAGGAACAACCAGUGAGGGUGCUUCUAGUGGGAGUGACUUGGCGGAGGCAGAAACUCUAGAUGCCAACAGGGCCUCUGGUGGCUUAGGAAAUUCUGAUGAAGUGGUAUCUCCGGAUGAUACGAUUGAUCAAGGUCAAGUUUCUCGUGAUGGACUAGAUGACGUGGAUGCUGCGUCAGGCCAGGAGGGUGCAACAGAACUAACCUCACUAGAGAGUAGUCAAGGUGUGGAGCACCAGCCUAUGGAAAUCCCAGAAGAAGGUAAUGAAGCCAACACAUCUGAGGUGGAGAUGGCUUUCUCUGCUGCAGGACAAAGACCCAGUAUUGGAGGUAGUAUCGGAAGUAUUGAGUUGACAGACGACUCACCACUGAGGAUCUUGGAAGAGAGUGAGAGAGUUCGCGAGGAGAGUAUCGCUCUUUCAACUGAAAAUCUUCUACAAGAUGCAACUAUUGAAUCAGAUGACGAACUUGAACAAAUGGAUACUACCGACGAGACUGUUGUUGUUGGAACAGAACAGGACAGUUCACAUAAUUCAGACUUUUCUAUGGAAGAUGUGUUGACAAGUGGGAACACAACAGAGUCAGCUUUGAUUGAAAAUAGCUCUGUAGAAAAUCAAAUGGCUGUUCGAGAAACUGAUUUGCUAGAAGAUGCCAAUAGUGUUCUCAUAGAUGAGGAGAUAGAUGAUCACGUAUUGUCACCACCGCAGGACAUUGAAGGGUCCAGCGCAUCAUCACGUGUGGCUGAGUGCUCGCCCGGCCCUUCAGUAGCCGCGGUGUUGAAUGAAGCAGAGUCAGCUGCUUCUGAAGAAAACCUUCAGCUGCAGGCAGAAGGCUCCGAUAUCAACCGCGAAUCAACAUCUUCACCUUUGAGGCAACGGGAUCGUAGCCAAAGGGACGUGCCCAUGUCUCUUCUCGAGUACGUAGAAGAAAUAUUUUCAAAUGAAGCCGAAGAAGAGAGUAAUGACAGUGCAAUGAUAAUUGAGACUGCUGGGGAAAGUAGGCAAAUUAGCCCGUCACUGACCUCUUCGGCUUCCGAGUCAACUCAGCCAUCUGUUGAGGACACGGUAUCUUCCGGUUCAGAGUCUUCUACCUCAGCGAUAUCGUCAGUAACCCUUCCGGUGGAGGCUUCCGAACCUGUGUGCUUGAAUGCCACCUCACUAGAGUCUGCGUCAGCUUCGGAAAUGUUAGUGGAUUCACCCCCAGAGGCGCUGAUGCUCAACAAUGAAGGGUCUGACAGGGAUAGCGCUGUCCCACAAAGGCCCCCUCGGAGUAAGAGACUGUCGCGAUCCAGUAGCGAUCCAAGAAGUGCGCACUCAAGACAGGUUGCAGAGAGGGCACGCCUCGCUGCAAGAGCCAACCAAGGAGAGAAUUCUCUGAGGCCUUCUCGACCGUCAUUGGUUCGACGAGUCACAGAGCCAACUGCACUUUCAAGUGUGGUUGUUAAUACUGAAGUUGAGCAGACAAACACAAGUGUAUUGUCACUAUCUAAUACAACAACAGUAGUCACUCCAGUGUUAGAAGCGACCUCAGGUGUCGAGGUAUCUCCCAGUGUGUCACCCCCAGUCGUAGUGGCGGUGCCAUUAUCUCUACCUCCAUUGCGCAGUUCGUCGUCCUCUUCAAACAACGGAACCUCCCCUGUCGUUGUAGCAGAUGUUGUUGCUGAAACCCCAGCUUUGGUUACUCCGUUACCGUCUCCAGAUUCAGUCUUGGAGGGAAAUACGGCGACCACUGUUGUUGCAGUUAGUUCUAACACAAGAGAUGGAGUGGAAUCUUCAACAUCUAGAGAGUUAUCAAGCGAGCGCGUCCUCUCUCUAAUGAACGAAAGCAGGCAGCCUUCAUCUGCUCCAUCAACAUUACAAAGGGGCAGCGUUUCUGCUGUUGCCUCCAUAUUGCCUGAUGAACCACAAGCUCAUCGCAGAACGAAUUCAUCCUCGGUAGUUUACGCAACACCAGUUACAGAGCAAAGUAGAAAUUUGCCUAGUGAGUCUAGCGCAAGCUUUCCCAGGCAGAGUAGUUCGGCAAGAGUCACACCACUGUCAGGAAAUCGAAGACGCAGCAGCGGUAGUGGAGGUGGGUAUACCGUAACGAGGGACAUCUCCGAAGAGUCGCAGUCUUUACCGCGUAGCUACGGUCAUAGUGUUUCGGAUUCAGUUUCUUCUGUUGUAGCCACCGCUAGUGCCUCAUCAAACUCAGAACAGCCCAGGUCUCGUGCAACUGAGAGAGUGAAUCCUGAGACCACUGUUAGUGCCAUGUCUUCACUUGAGUCCAGUAGCAGAUCUACCAGUGCUGUAAGUCAGUCCAGGGAAACCAUACAAUCCAUUCUCGCAGUUUAUAUUGCUAAUUCAGCGCAGAUUUCACAAGGGAGACCACCUGCUGUAAGCCAACCUGCGGCAUCCACAUCUUCUGUUACAGACGUAGACUUGGGUGAGAGGCCGACGCAAGCCAAUCGUCACAGCAGUAAUCGCCGAAGCUCUGGCAGGAGACAACAAGGAAAUUCGGUGCAUGUGUCCAUACAGGACCAACAGCAAACAAGGGAGCAGCAGGGUCGGACUGGGCAGCAAGCCCCUGAUGAGGAGGAACCUCUUCCUUCAAAUUGGGAGAGAGGUGUGGAUUCUCAUGGAAGAGUUUAUUACAUUGACCACGUUAACAGAACAACUACUUGGAACAGACCACGUAGAAAUUCACCAAGAAGUGAAUCAAACAUGAAUGACAUGAACACGCAUUGGCAAAGCUUGGAUAGAAGAUAUCAAAGCUUUCGCCGCACGCUUCGUGGUCGUAGCAGCCGUCAUUCACGGCCACCUUUACCUAUAGACAACAACAGAGCGAGUCAAACAACAGGUGAGUCGAGCGCCAAUACCAGCUCGGAAACUGGUGCAGCUUCCACGAGACCUGCACAGCCACCUGCAACGCCGUCCCCUUCGUCACCAAUGCCUUCUUCCUCGACAGAAUCACCUUCCUCCACGCCGCCCUCUUCGUCUGCUCGCUCCUCCACCCCUUUACCGUCGACCUCAUCCACUCCAAAUUCGACACCGUCUACUUCCACGCCGUCGACGUCUUCUGCGCCGUCCAGUUCGUCGGCGUCUUCAAGAAGCACUAAUUAUGUUCAAAUUCCUGCGGUGAAGUUCCUCACGAGACAUGAUUUGAUAGACUUUCUCAAGAGUAAAGGACUUGCGGGCCAUUACUAUUUCCAGAGCCAGAUGUUAAAGCUAAUAGUUUCAAAGAUCAGAAGCGAACCAAGUCAGUUUGAGAGAUAUCGUCACCAAGUCGAGCUUGUCAGGUUUUUGAAUCAGUUUGCUGAUCCUCAGAUGGACAUGCCUCCCGGCUGGGAUAAAAAAGUCGAUCAGGCUGGACGGCUUUAUUUUAUUGACCACAAUUCACGGACUACAACUUUUAUUGAUCCGCGACUUCCCGUGGAAGAAACCCUGCCCAGGAGAAACCGCUCUGAAACUGAGCCUCGACGCGCACGCGUUCCUCCGCCCAGGCCUCCGCCACCAACAGCGCCAGCACGACAAAGCAGCCUUUCAACGCCAAUGACUUACAACCAACAAGUUGUUGCAUUCUUGUCCCAACCAAACAUCGAUGAUAUUCUCAAAACCAAGUACCAGGGAUAUGCUAGAAGCCCCACUCUAAAAGCUAAUGUAAGAAAAGUACAGUCUGAGGGAGAGAGGGCCUUGACACGACUUUCCAACAAUCUCGACUUCAUAAUGUUGCUUAGUGUGAUGGAAGAGAGCAUUGUCGCGUAUGUCCCCCCAGAUGUCGAACAAACAUCUGAACCUACCCCCCAGCCUUCGUCUUCGCGUCACGUGCCUAGUCAGGCCACUCCCGGAACUCGGUCAAGAGCCAACACGGACAGUUCACUAAAAGGAGCAAUCAGUGAUUCCACUGCCAGUUCCAGUCCCGCUCCGUACAAACGUGACUUUGAGGCUAAAGUUCGCUCGUUUCAUCGUCAGCUCUACCACAAGGGUUUUGGACAAGGACCCAAUAAAGUCAAAUUAAGUAUACGAAGGGACCAUAUUUUAGAGGACGCUUAUGAUCAAAUCAUGAAAGAGCCUGCCAGAGCGCUCCAUAGGAACCGCUUGGAGAUCCAGUUCGCUGGAGAGGAAGGCUUGGAUUAUGGUGGACCAGCGAGGGAAUUCUUUUUUCUUUUGUCCCGUCAAGUAUUUAACCCAUAUUAUGGUCUGUUUGAGUAUUCUGCUAACGACACGUACACUGUUCAAGUCAGCCCAGUAUCACAAUAUGUGGACAACUCGCACGAGUGGUACCGUUUCUGUGGGCGAAUUAUUGCUCUUGUCAUCAUACAUCAGCACCUGUUGGAUGCAUUUUUCACCAGACCCUUUUACAAGGCCUUGCUGAGAAGCCCGUGUGAUCUCAGUGACGUCGAAGCGAUGGACUCGCUCUUCCAUCAGAGCAUGACAUGGGUGAUGGAGAAUGAUAUCAGUGGAGCUCUGGAUUUGUCGUUCACUGUUAGUGAGGAGAUUUUUGGGCAGGUAACCGAACGAGAACUUGUUCCAGAUGGUAAGAACAUUGAAGUGACAGAAAGCAAUAAACACGAAUACGUGGAGCAGAUGGUCAGGUGGCGGGUGGAACGUGGAGUUGCGGAACAAACAGAAAGCAUUGUGAACGGAUUUAAUGAGGUGUUGGAUGCUAACUUGGUCAAUCUCUUCGAUGCGCGGGAACUGGAACUAGUUAUCUCUGGGACGGCUGAUAUCGACAUUGAAGACUGGAGAAAGAACACUGAAUAUCGCUCAGGUUACCAUGGUAAUCACAAGGUGGUAAAAUGGUUCUGGAAGGUGGUUCGAUCUUUUGAUAAUGAACAGAGGUUAAGGCUCUUACAGUUUGUAACAGGUACCUCUAGUAUCCCCUACGAGGGUUUUGCUGCUCUGAGAGGUAGCACAGGACCAAGGAAGUUUUGCAUUGAGAGAUGGGGAGAUUAUACAAAACUACCAAGGGCUCAUACCUGUUUUAACCGGUUGGAUCUCCCACUGUAUCGAACGUAUGAAGAACUCCAUGAGAAGCUCACUUUCGCUGUAGAGGAAUCGGAAACCUUUUCAAUGCAGUGAUCUGUCAGUCAAACUUGUUUUAAGACAAAAAGUCUGAUUGGACAUGUUAAAACUGGCAAGUCGUAGCGACAAUUCCCCAUGUGUAUCAUGUAGAAUGUUUGUGAAAAGCUUUGUUCCUGCUGUGGUGAGAAAAUUGUCCCGGAAAUAAGUUACACAAAAUCCAAAUUGGUCUGAAAAUGAUUCUCAACGUCUGGCUACAGAAGCAUUUUACGCAAAGUGAAUUGUCGCCUUAUGACUGUCGAGAAAUGAACGACGCUCUUUAAGUGAUGAUAGAAAAUAUAGAACAAAUUCUGUUCUCACAGCAAGUUAGAGCACUGUCGUCGGGGAGGGUAGAAAGAGGACUUAGGGGGCAAAAUUCAUCUUUGCGUCAAUUUACGACGGAGAAUUUUUGAAUGGUAGUUGGGCUCCAAUUUCCGGUGUAUUAGAGACUCCAAAGAGAAACAGGCGAAAAUUCGUACAUGAAUUUACAAAAUUUUGGUUAAAUUUGUAUGUUAGGGUAAAUUUGCUUGUAUUGGUGAAUUACUGUUCUUCCUAAAUUUUUUCCCCGGUUUUCUAUGAUCAUUUUUGCCUGCUUUUGCACAGAGACAGGGAUGAAAAAGAACACAUAAAGGGAAAAAACAAGUAGAGUUUUAAGGACAAUUUCUUGCUUUCGAGGGAGGAACGUGACUCAACAUGAUGGGAUAUAAAAUUUAGACAUUUAAUGGCUCUUCUCUAAAAGAAAAAAAUGCUGAAAAGCCUUACUUUGGUCGUCAUCUUGUGUCCAUUUUCGCUCAUACGCAUAGCGAAGUGCUGCUGAUUUGCAAAUUUCCAAAUGUACUAAAAGAGAUGACACUUAAAGUUAGUAGAUUAAAAGAGUAGAAAGAAUUGAGAAUUGAAUUUUUCUACGCGAGGUGGUAUUGAUUAAUACUUAUUCAAUAGUCUUAGUGAUAUUAUGGAAGCUUUUAAUCCCGUAAUGUUACGUGGAAAAUUAGGGAGUGACUCCAAAAUAGAUUAAUACUCCUGCGUGUAGGAAGUACUUUGUGUAAGCCUGGCUAUUCAAAGAGCCAUUUCCGGCCUAGCUCGCAUCUUUCUUCUUGCGCAGCUUAUGAUCGGCGUUUAUCGAUCGGAUUAUUCGCUAUUUAUGGCGACAAAAUUUCCUCACCGGUUGUGGCCGCCUUACCAAGUGGAUUAAGCUACCAGAGCUUAUCACUUUAUUAGACAACAUUCUUGCAAUAGUUUUGUUUUGUGAAUUCAGAUCUGGCGAGUGCUCAUAUCUGCAUUGAUGAGGAGGGUAACGAGUAUAUUUGUGUUUCGAAGGGGGAAGGGGCGGGGAAAAGCGGGCUUGGAGGAAUAGUAUUAAUUCGAUAAUUAUUAUCCACGGGUUAAUGCUGAAAAUUGUUUUUGUGCAGGAAUUAUCUAAUAAUACUUCGAAAUAUGUUCUUUCGUAUGACCAGACGUUUUAACCGUAGGUUUGUUGUGUCGCCCCAAUAAUUGUGUUAGUUUGGGCCACGACAAUUUGAAUGACAAAACAGAAAAUUGGAAAAGGAAAAGUUUACUCGAGUUGCGCGUGUAGACAUAUGAUAAUUCGAAAAAGAUUUUCAAAAUUGUGAAUUGCUGAAUUAACUGUAAUGCAAAGAUAAAUUAUCAAAGCUGAUGCAGAUAUAGAAUAUUUCCUCCUUACGAGGAAUGCAUAGAUCGUGUGAGUCACGCAACAAGAAGAGGUUUAAGUGACGACGAUGUUUCUAAUUGAGUUCUGAUGUGAUAUUUGUGAAGUAGGCCUUCAGCCUAAUAGGGUAUUUAUUAUUAUUUUUUACACUUCCAAAGUUUCCGUUUGCAGCCUAAUUUGUAUGUAUGAGGCAAUUGAAAAAUAGUGCUUGUUUUAUUGUGCAGUUUUAUAAUAAAAGUU